AGUCAAAGACAGAAGUUUAGACAAAUAGAAAAUAUAGAUAUACAGAAAACUGAAUUGCGACUAAAGUAAUUUUCGCAACUCUAAAAAUUAUCUAAUUAAAUUUCAAACUUUCACCAUGUCUAAAAUUCGAGAUUUCUACGAAGGACAGAAUGUAUUUAUUUCAGGUGGUUCAGGAUUUAUUGGAAAAAUUCUCAUUGCAAAAUUAUUGCGUGUAUGUCCCGAAAUUGGAAAAGUAUAUUUAUUAAUGAGGUCCAAAAAAGGGAUAACUGUUCAAGAACGAGUGGAUCAGAUUCUUACUUUGCCUAUUUUUGAAUCCUUAAAAAGGGAUAAUCCUGAUUUCAAAAAAAAAAUAUUUGCAUUAAGUGGAGAUUUAAAAAAACCUGGUUUUGGACUGUCAACUCAGGAUCUUGAUUUGAUUGUGAAAGAGGUGUCUGUUGUAUUUCAUCUAGCAGCUACUACCAAAUUUAAUGAACCAUUUAGAGUAUCUGUGCCUGUCAAUGUCAAUAGUGUAAUGGAGAUUAUUCAAAUUUGCAGACAGUGCAAAAAUUUAAAGGCAGCUGUUUAUGUAUCGACAGCAUUUAGUCAAUGCGUCAAUGACUACAUAGAAGAAAAAAUAUAUCCUAUGCCAUUGACUUAUGAACAAAUCAACAAGCUUUUAGGAAUUAUAGAGCAAAGAAAUUUUUCUGGCGAUGAAGAAGUAAAAUUCACGAAAAGUAUUCUAGGAAAGUUUCCAAACACCUAUAUCUUUACUAAAGCAAUUUCUGAAGGGAUGCUCAAUGAGAAAGCUAGAGAUUUGCCAUUUUGCAUAUUCAGAUUUUCAAUAGCUUUAGCAACUUAUAGAGAACCUGUUUCUGGUUGGGUGGAUAUUCUCCAGGGAUUCAAUCAAUCAUUAAUAGGGAUUGGAAUGGGAGCAAUACGUGUAUUGUUUUGUAAUGUAUCUUUAGUUGUGGAUUUAGUGCCCGCUGAUUUUGUCUGUAAUGCUUUGAUUGCGUCGGCUUGGGAAACAGGCACUAUGCAAAUUAGGCGAAUAGGAACAAGCGAAGAUUUACCAGUGUAUAACUACGUCUCUGGUAAAGAUAACCCACUGACUUGGAAAGAAUUUAGCGAACAUUUUGAAAAAGGUGGACCUCAUUAUCCUCCAAGCAAUAUGAUAUAUUUUCCUGAUGCAAUCGUCGUUAAAAAUCCAAUCUUGUAUUCUACAUGCGAUUUUUUUAUUCACCUUAUACCAGCUUUACUUGGUGACGUUAUUUUAAGAAUCCUAAGAAAAAAGCCUAUGCUUUACGAAAUAUACAAAAAAGGACAUCAGUUACAGGAUAGUUUAACAUUCUUCGUGCAUAAUGAGUGGACUUUCGAAAAUAAUAACGUUAAUUUAAUGUGGAAUAGACUUUCAGAAAUAGAUAAAAAAUUAAUGAAUUUUGAUAUAAAGACGUGUGAUUGGUAUGAAGCAAUUUUCCUAUAUUGGAAAGGAAUCGUGCAGUAUGUAAUAAAGGAUGAUUUUAGUCCUGAAGCUCAAAAACGAGCCAGGCGACGAUACUUUAUGCUCUACAUUAUUCAUCGAAUCCUUCAAUUUAUGUUGGCAUCUUUCUUCAUUUGGCUCUUUUGGAAACUAUUUAUUCAAAAUUAGUUCUUAAUUCUACUGCAUAGAUAUUUUGUCAAAACAA